AAGCACUGUCACUGUCCAUUCGUUUGAGUUCUACGAAACGUUCUCAAAAGCAUCAGCAGUCGGCAAAGUAUUUUCGCUUAUUCGCUGUUUACAGCCAUGGCACCGGAGGAAAUCACCGAUCAACUACCCGUACCCUCCAGCCACCGUAUGCUGCAGGAACUGGUACGUGCCGAGCUUAACACGGACGAAUUCACGCUGGACAUUUCGGCCGGUUCCAACAAAGGUGACAAUUACAGCUGCAUCAUCUACCGCGGGAGGGCUACCUGCCGUCGAACCGGUAAACAGGUGAGCGUGAUCGUGAAAAUUCCACCCCAGAACGAAAUACGCCGGAAGCAGUUCUUUGUGCGACCUAGCUUCGAGCGGGAGAUCAGUGUUUACAACGAGAUUUUCCCUCUGAUAAUGGAGUUUCAACGAUCCAAGGGAUUGACAGUGGAAGAUUCGUUCCAUCAGGUUCCGCAUUACUUGGGGAGUUCUUUGGUGGAUCACGAGGAAGUUCUUUUGAUGCGGGAUUUAAAAGAGGAAGGAUUUCGAAUGGUCGAUCGACACAAGGAUAUGAGUUUGGAACAUUAUCAGCUGAUGAUGAGGGCUUUGGCUCGCCUACAUGCGACAUCGUUUGUGUUGAAGGAUCAACAGCCGGAAAAGAUGGAACGGUUUAAAGGUAUGCCGGACCUAUUGGGCCUACCGGAUACUAGUCCAACGAUGGCAUCAAUAUUUUCUCAAAUGGCCGCCAGAGCUAUGACACUUUUGAAUGAGAACAAUGAACCAGAUGUUUUCCAACGUACAAAAAAGAUCUUGACGAUGUCGUGGGACGAAAUCAUGGAUGAUGUGUACAACGGCAAGCCUGCCGAGCCUUUUGCGGUCAUCGGGCACGGCGACAGUUGGCAUAACAAUCUACUGUACAAGUAUGAGGAUGACACCGCAAUCGACAUUCGCCUGCUGGACUGGCAAUGCUGCCGAUAUACCUCACCGGUAGUCGAUCUGAUGUACUUUAUUUUCAUCGCUUCUAGUAAAGCCUUUCGCGACCGGCACUAUGAACAUCUGUUGGACUUCUACCACCGCAAUCUGUCGGACCAUAUACGAAGGCUCGGAUCCGAUCCAGAGCGAUUGUUCCCUCGAACCGCUCUGGAUCAGCAACUGCUCCGAUUUGGUCGCGCUGGACUAAUUAUGGCCGCUAUCUGUCUUCCGAUAAUCGCUACCUAAAGCGAAGACGUGCCUAAUUUGGAACGGUGGUCUGAACAGAUUGACGCCGGUUUGGACGUGUCGAAAAGUUUCAGUACCGGCGGCAUGGAGGCAACCUAUCAGCGUAACAUGAAGGACUGCAUUCGAGACAUGAUUCGAUUGGGGUAUAUUUAAUAUCAAAAAUAUAUGCAAAUUUGAUUCAAAUAAAAAAUAAACAAAAAAUCACUCACCUUCAGUUCCGCCGUAAUGGCAUUAAUCUGCGGAUUAUUCUUCAGCGUCUUCGCCCCCUGGGCGAACCUGAUCGUGGACAGCGUC